AUGAAAAGCAUAUACUUGAAAAUUUUCGAGCUGUCAGAGCUGAAGGAGGAAGACGGCUCUGCUUAUUAUGUAAAAAUAUACUGGAGGAAUAAAAAAUAUAAGACUACAACAUUAAGAGAUGGGUUUUACUUAUUUAAUAAGAGCUUCUUACUACCAGUUGAAUCAGUAGGAGAUGAAAAAAAUGAAAUACUGUCAGUCGAAGUUUGGAGUAAUGCUAUAAUAAAUAGAAAAGUCGCUUACACGUUUUUUUCCCUCGAAUUUAUUACAAAGGAAAGAAUAAUAAAAGAAAAAAUAAAACUAAUUAAUAUUUUAAAAAAUUGCACAUUAGAACUAUCCUUGAAUAUAGUGAGAAGUGAAAAUGAUAUAAUUUUUUUUAAUAUAAAAGAAAUAUGUUAUAACAGAACAGAUAAUGAAAUAAGACAAGCUAUAUUGACAUACAAGAAUGAAGAGGAUGUUAUUAUGCAGCUACAAAAGAAGAAACAUAAUUUUCCCGAUAAUAUUGCUAUAAAUGAUAUGUCUUUACCUCUAAAUACUUACAACAACUUUACAUUUCAAAAGGAUAUACCAAAGAUUGAACAAAAUUAUGCAUUUCCACAUAGCGAACAAAGGAGCAGGUUUCCUACUCAUGCGACUCUGUUAAGUGCUCCGUUAGAUACGCGCAAUACUCAUUACAUUUGUGGAACAGAUAACAGUUGUAACAAUAGUAGUAUGAUUUUAACGGGUAGUAGUAGCGCUUACCCAACUCUCAACCGUGUGCAAGAUGCCGCAAACAGUAGCAGUAUUAUGUAUAACAUUGAUCGUAAUAGUAAUAACUAUGCUGCUAAUAAUAAUAACACCAUGAGUGCUCAUUUCCCGCGGAAAGAGAACGAUAAUGCCCAAUUGGGGAAUACCAAUUCGUACGUGUCUACGUUUCAUCAGGGAUAUAUGUAUAACUGUUCACCCUCACCAUACGUAGAACAGAUUUUAUAUUUUUCUUCAGGAAAUAAGAAAAAGGCAUUGUUGAUAGGUAUAAAUUACUACGGCUCGAAGGACGAAUUGAAAGGAUGUACCAACGACACAGUAAGAAUGAAAAAUUUACUAGUUUCGAAAUAUAAUUUCUAUGAUUCCUCAAUGAAUAUUGUAAGAUUAAUAGAUAAUGAAAAUGAUCCGAAUUAUAGACCAACUAGAAGGAAUAUUUUAUCUGCCAUUACAUGGCUUACUAAAGAAAACAAAGCUGGGGAUAUUUUGUUUUUUCUUUAUUCAGGGCAUGGAUCACAACAAAAAGAUCUUUCAUAUAUAGAAGAAGAUGGAUAUAAUGAAACAAUACUACCAUCUGACUAUAAAACGGAAGGACAUAUAAUUGAUGACGAGUUACAUAAACACUUAAUACAACCUUUAAAUAAUGGAGUUAAGUUAAUAGCUGUAAUGGACUGUUGUAAUUCUGGAAGUAGUAUAGAUCUAGCUUAUAAAUAUAAAAUGAAAUCAAGAAAAUGGAAAGAAGUAAAAAACCCUUUUCACGUUGUAUGUGAUGUUAGUCAAUUAAGUGGUUGCAAAGAUAAUGAUUUCUCCUAUGAAAUAGAUAACGGACGCAAUGCCCCAGGGGGAUCUAUGGUUACUGCAAUAAUACAUAUUCUAAGCCCUACAAACAUUAUUUCGCCUUCUUAUGAACAUUUACUAAAUAGUAUAAAUAGUUAUAUAAAAACUUAUCGAAAGCAAACUGUUACCUUCAUGGCUUCACAAAAAUUUAACUUAGACAGAGUUUUCGACUUUGAACAUGUUCUCAAAAAUAGAAAUGAAAAGCUAGGCCAAAUAAUUAACGAACAUAAUUUAAAGAAGAAAAAAAAAAAAAAAAAAAAAAAGUACCAGGAUUUAUUCGAGCUGUUCUGA